AUGGCAGAUCCGAACUCGCAUCAGUUGAAUCCUCAACACUACCUAGCUCGACAACAAAGAGGAAUAACUCAGCAUCAGCUUGUAGGUAGCCCAGCAGUUCAGCAUCUCAUAAUAGAUCCGCAAACACAACAAGUCGCUUUGGCUGCUGCACCACCACCUCCUCCUUCCAUGCAUCACACUCAAACUCAGUUUCAACCUCAACACUAUAAUACUCUUGAUAGCUUUUGGCAGCAGCAAGUACAAGAGAUAAGGCAUGGCGAUCACGAUUUCAAAGUUCACCAGCUACCUCUUGCCAGAAUCAAGAAGGUAAUGAAAACUGAUGAGGAAGUGAAGUCAUCUAGCAUUCCAGUUGAACAAAAAAUGAUGAUCGACCCCAUAACCACAACAUUACACGAGUCACAGCAUAUGCAAUAUAUGCACAGAAUGGAGUCUCAACUUUUACACGAUCACUCGGAGCAGCAACAACACAACAGUCAUAAUCAACAACAAUUACCUCCACCAUAUAGUUUACCUCCACUUAAUCCCGUUGCAGGUCAACAGACGCCAUCAUCAUAUAGAAAUCCUAAUCGACCGCCAUAUGCAGAAAUGAAUGCAGGAAGUUCGGUCAGACAAACCACAGCAGAACAAACCUAUCAGCAACAUCCUUCUUAUUAUAAUCAACAACAUUUUCAACAUCCUUCAACGGAUUAUUCGCCACCACCACCACCAAAUCAACAUCCACAGCAUCUAGAUCAUCUGCAACAACGCCAAUCCGAUAAUCAACAUCCUAUACAGGUUAAAUAUGAGUAUGAACCACCAGCUUCACGACCAGUUGAAUGGUAUUCGCAAUCUACGCAUCAACAUGUACAAGAAGGCCCUCAACAACAGCAAAAUUAUAAUCAAUCAACAUCAUCUCACGAAGGUAGUGAUAACAUACAAUUUACGCGUCACGAUGAAGGUUUCGGAAGAGUUGGUGGUCAGCAACGUAAUUAG